CGGGAGCGGGCGGGAUGCUCCCGGAGCGCUCUGCCUGCUCUGCUGCGCCGCUGCCCUGCUCGCUGCCGCAGGUCUAGAGCCAGGACAUGGCACCAAUCCCUCCCGUGCAGUGGCUCUAAGGAGCUCAGGGACAACCGUGUCACCAACUUCCUCCAGGACACCGAGAUCAACAGCACCUCCAGCAUCUGCAUCUAACACCACUAUGAAACCAUCCAGGACACUGGGAUCAACAGCACCUCUAGCAUCUCCAUCCAACAUCACCAUGAAGCCAUCUUCAUCCAGGACACUGGGAUCUACAGCACCUCCAGCAUCUCCAUCCAACACCACCAUGAAACCAUCCAGGACACCGGGAUCAACAGCACCUUCAGCACCUCCAUCCAACACCACCACACCAACUCCAACCAACACCACCACACCAACUCCAUCCAACACCACCACAGCAGCUCCAUCCAACACCACCACAGCAACUCCAACCAACACCACCACAGCAACUCCAACCAACACCACCACAGCAACUCCAUCCAACACCACCACAGCAGCUCCAUCCAACACCACCACACCAACUCCAUCCAAGACACUGGGAUCAGCAGCACCUCCAUCCAACACGUCCACAGCAGCCACUCCAUCCCACCCAAGUGUGCCCAGAUCCAACUUGACAGCAGUGCCGGCCCCAUCCUCACCCAGGACUCCUGGGCCUGCUCCUGCUCCCAACUCCACCACACCCACUGUGAGCCCUGGUCCCAACAGCACCUUGGCCACCAGCUCCAGAACGACAGUGGCCAUCGGCAUCGCCAGCAGCUCAGAGCAUCAGCUGAGCUCCGGCGUGGUCGUCAUCAUCUGCCUCUUCAUCUGUGUGCUGGUGGGGGGCACGGCGGUGCUGCUGGUGCGGCUGUGCCGGCGCAGGACCACCCGCUUCCGCCACCUGGACGAGGUGCCCAUGAGCAAGGUGCUGGAGGAGUCCCCUGUCACCCACCCCACAUCCAGGUGACCCCCCCCUCUCCACCCCAGCCCCC